AUUUUGACAACAAAGAACGAACAACCAGCCACGGAUUGGAUUGGCAAUUGGCAUUGGAUUGCAUUAAGCUAAAUCUUUAAGAAAAAGAUUUCAUUUUCUCAUUUUCCGGCCGACUGUUCACCGAAGAAAGUCUCUCCUCCAUUCAAGAAAACACCAAACACGAAUUCAAUCUCUCUCCAUCAUCACCAAGACCGAUAACAAGUUACUAUGGAAGAACUCAAUGAAAUUCUCGAUAUGUCCAAAGACAAAUCCACCCAAAAAGAACACGAUGAAAUCCUAUUACAGCCUUUUGUAUACAUUCAACAAAUUCCAGGCAAGCAGAUUCGAUCGAAACUCGCCCGUGCCUUUAAUCAUUGGCUGAACAUUCCUAUGGACAAGUUACACAUAAUUGGCGAAAUAGUUCAGAUGCUUCAUAAUUCCAGUUUGUUAAUUGAUGAUAUUGAAGACAAUUCAAUUCUUCGCAGAGGAAUACCAGUUGCCCAUUCGAUUUAUGGAGUUGCCAGUACCAUAAACGCAGCUAACUAUGUUAUAUUUCUAGCUAUGGAAAAAGUCCAAUUACUAAAUCAUCCAGAAGCAACAAAAGUUUGUACAGAACAACUUCUUGAAUUGCAUCGUGGCCAAGGAAUGGAAAUAUAUUGGCGAGAUAAUUUUACAUGCCCCACGGAGUCUGAUUAUAAAUUGAUGACAAUUCGCAAGACUGGAGGUUUAUUUAUGUUAGCCAUAAGACUCAUGCAACUUUUCAGUACAAACAAAAGCGACUUUACUAAACUAACCGCCAUACUUGGACUGUAUUUCCAAAUAAGAGAUGACUAUUGUAAUCUUAGUAUGAAGGAGUAUUCUGAAAAUAAAAGUUUUUGUGAAGAUCUAACCGAGGGUAAAUUUAGUUUUCCUAUCAUUCAUGCCGUCCAGAAUCAAGGAAGUGAUAAGCAGGUCUUACACAUUUUGAGACAGAGAACUCGUGAUGUUGAAGUGAAAAAGUAUUGUAUAACUUUGCUUGAAAAACUUGGAAGUUUCAAGUAUACAACUGAUAUAUUGGAGACAUUGGACAAGCAAGCAAGAGAAGAAACUGCAAAGUUCGGGCCUAAUCCUAUAAUGGAAACACUUCUUGAUGAAUUGCUUUCAUGGAAAACAGCUGAAAACCUGGAACCAGCGAGUUCAACAAGUGAAGCUCCAAAACUGUAAUAGUUGCAACAAAUAAACUCGACUAAAGAAAAAUCGUUCAUAUGUUCAUAAACGAGAUUACAUUCAUUAAAUCAAGAAAUAAAAAUGUUCCAACUUAAUCUUAAGGAUUUUGACUUUAUAUAAUUUAAGACUCUCCGAUUGAGCAUUAAUUUGAAAUUAAAUGGGCAUUAAAAAAAAGGUAUGAGAUUAAUGAAAGAUCGAGGAAUUGCAAAAAAAAAAAGAAAUAAAUAAAAUCAAGCACUAUUUAAACGUCUCUAGAUAGAUUAAAAAAAACACACACACAACUCUAGUGGAAAGGACUUUCCGACAUUGUUAGGUACCUAUUAACUAAAAAUUAUUUUUGUACUUACAUUUACUAUAAUAUUAAUAAUAAUGAUGCAAACUAGAAACUCGUAUUAUACUUAUCUACACAAUAUUACUAUAUUCUACUUCGUACGUUGUAUGUCUUUAAUUUUUAAGUUAAAAAAAAUCAAUGUGAAAUUUUUUAAUUGUUCUAUGUUGUAAUUUAAUGUUAAUAUAAUUAAUAAUAAUGUUCCGACUUUAAAGAAUUUUAUGUGCUUUGUUUAUAUUCAUUGUCUUUUAUUUUUUAUUUGUAUACAUUUUUUUUUAAUAAUUUUUUUUUUAUUAGUUUUGAAAAAUUAAACAAAACAAAAAUAUUGCUUAAACAAAAUUUACUUUUAAUGCUAAUGCUAGCAACCAAAUAUUCACAUAAACUGAAAUAAAACAAAACACAUAGUUCCAUUGUUUGAUUGUAUAGAAACACAAAAUAAGAACUGUUAUUGAAUUUUUGCACUUUUGUAAGCUGAAGGUUAAAUAAAUAUACAAAAAAAUCGUUAUAAUUAAA